AUGAGCACUACGUUUAAACGCGAAAACGUUACACAGGAUGAUUUGUUACUUUCACAGACAUUAAGUGAAAUUGAGCGUAGUGGUGUUUUUAAUGACAUAGGCCUGCUGACAAGUAGUCAAAUGGAUACUUUAGAAAAUGAUGUACAACCAAACUAUUUCGGCAACUUUCAAUUGAUUGACUUUGACCAGGAUUUUAAGCAGGAAGAAAAACCUUUUAUUAAUGAAAAGAGAGAACGUUUUGUAGAAAGCGUAUCCGACUCUGAUCUUGACGCGCUGGUUCAAGGUCAAAGGUCAAAGAACACGGACCGUAACACGCAAUGGGCUUACAAUAUAUUUCAGGCAUUUGUCGUCGAGAUCAGGAAGAAGACUGACGAUUACUUUCCACCCGAGUCCCUAUACCAUUUAGUAUGUGGCCUUCUUAGAAAGCUGCGAGAUUGUGGAAUAUCUGGCAUGAACUUUUUGGACGAGAAAAAUCCUGAUUAUGCAAGGUUUAGGAGGGUACUUGAUGCACAGAUGAA